AUGGAGUUCCGCCCAUUUGUAGAUCGGAAGCGACGGGAUCAGAAGCCUCGAGUGCUGCUCUCCUGCACUACGUGUCGAGAGAAAAAGCUGAAAUGUGACCGCGGCCGUCCUUGUUCGAACUGCCAGAAGCGCGAUCAGGCCGCCUCCUGUCACUAUGUUCAGGCGCGUCCUGCGCUCAGCAAACCCUCAUUGCCGGACUGCAAGAUCGGCAGGGAUCGUCGUACGCCUUUGGAAGUGCGGUUUCAGCCUGCAUCCGAGCCGGGUGGGUUUGUCCAGCCAAGCCACUGGCGGGCUCUUAUGGACGACGCCACAAGACAACUGGACCGCAACGGUCAUCGUGCUGUCGAGAGCAAAUCGGGUGGGAAUACCGCGCACUUGCUAUUAGGGCUUUCUCAUAAUGUGAGCAUCGAAGAGCUGGUCGCCUCCUUACCCCCACGGCAUGUUACAGACAGACUCGUUUCCGCCUUCCUGGAGUCUGCUGAGCCAUCGUUGAUGAUUAUUCACGUCCCAACAUUUCAGUCUCAGUACCGCCAGUUCUGGCAAUCGUCCUUGACGAUCAGUCCCGCCUGGCUUUCCCUUCUCUAUGGGGUUCUGGCCGCCGGAUUCUGGAUCGAGCGCUUUGUGGACCCCUCCCAGGCGUCCGCGGAGCUGCCCAAGUCCCUCCAUGCCCUGCACCAGAACUGCGCAGUCGCCCUCUCAAAAUCGGACAUCACCGUUCCCGGCUGCUUCAAGGUAGAGGCCGCACUGAUGUGUCUGGGCGUGGAAUACCUGCAAUACAAUGACUCCAAGACAGGCGUCUCCAUCCUUCUCGGGAUCGUGUCGCGCCUGGCAAUCAUGAUGGGAUACCACCAGAGCGGUAACCUGUGCCGUCCACCGCCGCUGCCCUUUGAAGCAGAGAUGCGAAGUAGGGCUUGGCUGUUGCUCUCGGUCAUCGAUAACGUCGUGGCCUCCCAAAGCGGGCUCCCCAGAGUGCUCUAUCCCGGCCUGGCCGACACGCCCCGGCCACGGAAUCUGUUAGAUGAGGAUCUCCACCCAACCAUGUCUGCUCUGCCUCCGUCACGAUCGGCCACCGAGACAGUAAGCGGCGUUGUGUUCAUGAUCGCUCUUGACGACCUCCGCUCGAUAGCCAACGAGAUCACCGAGCUUGUCGCUAAGGGCACCAUCUCACGAGCAACCACCCUUCGUCUAAGCCAGCAGCUGGGAGCUCUAAGAAACGGCCUUCCGCGUUCAUUGCGCAUGCCGCCGCCAAGGCAUCCCGAUCCAGCAUCCCCUCACAGCGGCCUGCUCAUGCAGCGCACUCUGGAGAUGGUAUAUCAACGCUCCCGCUGUAUCCUCCAUCGCCAAUACCUGGUGUCGUCGCGCUUUGACCCGGAGCUUGAAUCCUUCGGGUGGGCGUGUCUGGACGCAGCGCGCUGUGUUCUGGAGCAGCAGUGCCUUCUCUUCGAAGAAGCGCUACACUGCCCGCGCAGAAGACACUCGUGGUUCGGCACCUCCAACUCCGUGUCUGAUUGUCUCACCGCGGCAAUGGUGAUCUGUCUUGCAGUGAUCAAUGAGUCGAGCUCUCCUACCCUUAAGACUAACAAGCCCUUCGCCGGGAACACAUCGACAACAGAAUUGGUCCGGGUCCUACACCAGACAUAUACAAACUUGAGUCAGACCCCCAGGCCGCCGGUGGAAGUCACAAAGGCAGCUGAGGUCCUGGCCACGAUGCUCCGGCGGAUGGGCCAUGGUGUAGCCACCUGCACGAGCGCUAGCUGCACUCCCCCGGCUGCCACUGGACCCAGUACUAGUGCCAAUAAUACUGGUAACGUGUCUGAUUUCGGCAUCUUAGACCUCCCGUCACUCUCACCUGGACUGCCUGCUUCUUCCUCUGUCUGGUCAGCCUUUGACGAAAUGAUCAAUGCGGAAACUGACUUUGAGAUGUUCGACUGGGUGUUUUGGGAUCGGGAAAUGCGGCAGAUGAAUGAACCAUUCUUGGAUAACUUGUAG